AUGACGAAAUUAUUACUCGUAUUUUCGAUACUUUUAAUGAAUUUAUGCAAUCUAAUUGCAUUAGAUAUCAAGAAAGACGUACAAGGUGAUCAACAAAAGUGUGCAGUUAUUGAACCUGUUAGAAAUUUCACUUUCGAUUUUAACGAAAUUGUAAGCGAAUUGGGCUAUCACAUAAACGGCGAUGAUGAUAAUCUUGGACAGUAUUUCUUUAAUUUAUGCAAGCCAUUAAGUAGAAAAUGUAAAAAUCAAACAGUUGCGGCUUGCCUCAUCAAGCAUAGAUCAAAGGAAGAAGUUAUCAUUGGAUAUGAUAGCAAGCUGUACUGGAAUGAUGGUCAGAUUAGAUUAAGUUAUGUAGGCGAAGAAUGUAAAGAUAAGAUUAACUUUACAUUGAAUGUGAUGCUACACUGUGAUUAUCAGAAUAAUAAGAAUGACUUCCUUGGAGUUUUCCAUCUUGAAGAUCAAUGUGAAAUUAAUAUUUUCAUGAAGACUCCUAAAGCAUGCUUGCCAGUUCCCGAUAAUAUAAAAAGUGCUAAAAUGUUUGUAAAAACUCUAUCAAAUAAGACACUCAAUUUUAAUGCUUUAAAAUCAUCAAAUCAUAUUGCUGAGAAGUCUAGUGACGGUUCCUUUGUUAUUGGAUUUCCAAUUUUAUAUUCUCACGAUGUAAUGUGUGAAGCAGGCUCAACUGUUUGCUUUAUUAAUAAUACAGAGACUGAUACAAAGAAAAAAUUUAAGAAUGUAGGAAUGAUGACAUCUGAUAUCAAAUUUGAAAAUGAUCAUCCUGUACUUGUGCUGACAAGUGAUGAAGAAUGUAAUGGAACUAAGAAAUAUUCAUCAAAAAUUACAUUUAUUUGUGAUAAACUGCUAAGUGAUGGCUCACCAAGAUUCAUGAAAGAGAAUGACUGUACAUAUUAUUUUGAAUGGGAAACAAAGUAUGCAUGUGUCGAUGAGAAAUCUUGCCAAAUUUCUGGUCCAAAUGGAGAGUUUUAUGAUUUUAGCUCACUUGUUGGACUUCAAUAUUCAAUUCCUCGUUCAAACAAAAGCAAUGAAGUCAUUCAUUUCUCUUUAUGUUCACCGGCUAAAGAAUGCGUUGAUGAAAAUUGGGGAAGCUGCAUCAUCAGAACAGAUGAGAAUGGCAAUAAGCAAACAACCAAUAUAGGAUUUCUUAAUUCUAAAUUGCAGAUCGACAGCAAAAAUGUAUUUCUUAAGUAUGAUGGCUCCAAAUGUAAUGGUAAAGGAGAUUUAUUUUCAACGAGAAUCGAGUUUAUUGUCGCAGACGAGCCAAAAGAUGAAGAAGUUGUGCUAAUUGAAGAUAAAUGUGAAAUUGUAUUGCAUUUAAAGACACUUCUCGUCAAUCAAAAUGUCAAAAAUUGUGUCGUUAAGAAUCGCCAUGAUGUCGAAUUUGAUUUGAGGCCACUGAUUGAUUACAAUGGAAAUUACGAGGCAACGAUCGAUACAAAGGAAUCAAUUGAUGCACGUUAUUUUAUCAAUGUUUGUCGUCCACUUAACUCUAAAUAUUCACUUGAUUGUCAUGGAAAUAGUGCAGCUUGCAGAACAGUAGUUAAAGAUGGUAAACAUGAAGAAGAAUUAAGUUUGGGACAUUUCGAGUAUGCAAUGUCUACAGAACCUGGAAAAGAUGGAACAACGAAUGUCUUGAUGAAAUAUUUCCAUGGAUCUAAAUGUCCAGAAGAUAAUGAAGAGCACAUUACAACAACAAUCACAUUCUUUUGCGAUAUUUUAGCUGGUUUGGGAAAUCCAAUUCUAAAAUCAACGGAACACUGUGAAUACAGCUUUGAUUUUCCAACAAAUAUUCUGUGUAAUGAACAACAUUUAACAUUAAAAAGCAGUGAUUCAUGCGAGCUACUGAAUGAUAAAGCAAACAAAAGCAUAAAUUUAAAAACGUUUGGCAUUUUUGAGAGCGAUAAUGUGAAAGUUGAUAUUUGCGAUAACGUCACCAAAUUCUACACGCUAAACUAUAAAGACUCGUUGGUUGUCAUCGAAUAUGCUAGCAAAGAUAAGGAUAUCCAAGUACAGCUCAAAUGUGGUGUGAAAAAUAACACAAAAAUCGAUGUCGAUCAAAAUCAAAUAUUAGUCAUGCAUGAGACAAAUUUGAUUUGUCCGUUUUUGAAUAUAGCACCGAAAAUGAUGGAGUUUGUGGCGAGUCCAAAGAGUGAUACAGAUGAGAAAACAGUUAUUAAGGAUGAACAAAAGAAACCUGAUGAGAGUUCUGCUGGAUUUUCUAUGGGAUACAUAUUCCUGAUAAUAUGUUUGAUCGUGGCUUUCGGAGCAUUUUAUUUGGUUAUAAGACAUCCAGAAAGACGUGAAAUCAUUAUGAAUAUGGUCAAGUUUAGGUCGCGACGAAACAUCAGAUACGCUCGGAUAAAUUUAAGUGAAGAAUCAGCUCUUCUAACAGAUAACCACGACUUAAUAGCGUCGGACAGUGAUGAUGAAAACAUUUUACUUUAA